AAGUAAUAUUUCAUAGCAAAAACGCUGCAUAUUGACGUGAUCGAUGAUAAAGUCACAAAUAAAGUGUCGAUAUUACAUCUACCAUAUAGAUAUUAUGGAUUAAUGCAUAUUUUGCAUUAAUUAAAACUUUACGGGUUCUAAAGGAUACUUUUGAAAGAUGACUCAACUGGAAUUGGAUCCACAAUUUACACAGGGGCUACGCCUUUUGCACUCCACUAAUAAGGAUUCUGCGGAACAGCUGCGAGCUCUAUUAGAUGAGGCGAUUAAACAAAAGUACGGGCCAUCCAAAAUGCUCUCCAAUGUGCUACAUAAAAAGUACAUGAUGGAAGAACCAGUAUUGAGCGAUCACAGUAGUAGUAGCAGUAAGAAAAGCAAAAGCUCCAGCUCGUCUAAGCAUUCUAGCAAAUCGAGCAAGAAUAGCUCCCCUGUUAAUCUGCCAGCACGCGACACACCACCGGACAUUCUGCAGACGGAUGAUACUCUGGCACUGGAAAUUCUAGAAGAUGAUCUGACAUGCGUAAUUUGUAAAGGGAUGGAUGUUGGAGCGAGAAAUAGACUUGUGGAGUGUCAAGAGUGUCAUUCUUUAUAUCAUCAGGAACGCCAUGUUCCACAUAUUCUGGAUUCGCAGAUAGAUGUGCCGAAACAAGUAUGGUACUGCUCUAACUGUCCAAAGUCUCAGGUUUCGAAAGACAGAAGUUCGCCAAAAACUGUGAUAGAAAGCAAAACCAAAGAACAAAAGAAACCGAGCUCAAGCACUGGAACUAAGGUGACACCAAAUAUUCAUAUUAUAAGCGCGGAUAAAAGAUUGAAAGACAUGAUGAAGAAAGCCAAACAAGACAAACGAAAUACAGGUACUGCCUCAAGUUCAAAGAACUCUUCAUCCGGUACAUCUGCAUUAUCCUCAGUUAAGUCUUCUCAGGAUAAAUCAUUAUUAUACAAGAUAAAGUCAGGGAUAGAGUAAAUUGCGUAAGUUAUGAAAGAAGUCACUAAAUAAACAAAAACGAAUUAUAUAUAAAUAUUAUAUGCUGUAAAAAUAAUUCGCAUUUUUUAUUGAAAUUAUUUUAUAAUUGAUCUUAUUAACCUAUGAAGGAAAGAGGAAGGACAAUUUUUAUUAUUACUUUUUAUGAAUAUAUUUUCGUAUGACGAGAGAGAAUAAGAAAAAAAGAGAGAUUGUGAGAAUCGCGGCCCCUUAUGACAAAGACACAAGUUUUAAAUAGACGAUACACCACUAGUGCGUAUUUAUAUUGAAGUUUAAUCUCGAAUUACAUUCAAUCGAUAUUAGUACAAUUGGGCCUUUGUGUAGUGUCUGAAUUUCUUACUGCCUAUAAAUACAAUUCCAUAUUAUACAAUUUAUCAAUAAUUGUACAAACGUGCCAUGUAAAUUUGUUAUCUUUAUAAGCUUUCGCAUUAUUAUUACAAAAAUAUUAAGUAUGUAGAAAAUAAUGACAUAAUAUUACUAUAGCUAAUAAUUAUUACACACGUAAUAUCGUUUGUAAUACAAGUCUGCGUUGAUAGUUUUAAAAUGUAAAUAUACAAUAGAUUAUUUUUUAAUACCUUUUUAUUGAUAUAUUUAUAAAAGGAAAGCGAUAAAAUUAUACAAACUUCACAUAUCUCAAGAUUGCGUAUUAAUUGUACUGUUAUAUAUAUGUAUAGCAUAUACAAUUUCGUGACCGAAAUCAACUCUGCGCGUACCAAAUACGCUGAUUUAUAAAUUGUAUCGCGUUACGCGAUACAACAUCGACGCCGGAAUUGUCAAUGCUUGUCAAAAUGCACAGUGGAAAACUAUGACGCGCGCCAAAUAUAUACGUUCUACUGUAUACAAGAUAUACAUGUAAAUUCCACGUGUACUCCACGAAUGCGGAGGAUUAGAGUCGCGGACUAAUGUAAGAAUUUCAAAUUAAUGUAACACGACUUAAGUAACACACGCGACUCCGACAACUUUCGAAUGGCGUGUAUUCCUGAAAAAUUCACGUGUAACCCAUGUGUAUUUAUAGUAACAAUAUUUAGAUCUUAGCGCACCACAGAGAGCUGUGAUAAUUUUACACGGGCUAUGUAGCUGUAUAUCGCGCGUCCGUUCAAUUACAAUAAAUCUUUACCGACGAAACUAAAGGGAGAUUUUGAGUAUUUGUUUGUAUAAAAAAAAAGGAGCUGGAAAAAUCGUCAUCAUCUCCGCAGGCAAAUUUGUGACAAAUUGUAACGAUUCAAAUUAGAAACGAGUCCACUUGAACGCUUGUGGCUUUCCCUUCUUAUGCUAACGAUUAUCAAGACGACACGGUGGUUCAUCGUGUCUUAAUCGUAAGGCUAAUAAUUAAAAGUCUGUACAGCUGAGAUUGCGGGUGGGCGAAAUAACGAAGAGAUAAUACGAUACGAAUCGUUUAUAAUACCAAUAUAUUUUUUGCGAUUUUUUUUUUUUUAAUGCAAUUAAUCGUUUUGUCCCUACGUCCCAUUGAAAAUUUGGCAAGAAUCAUUUCGUUUUCUCGAGUGUCGCUUAAAGUCUACUCGUGCGCGGGAUGGGGGGAGGAAUUGGGCUGAAAUACUAUGUACAAUGGAGAGGGGAAGAGAGCUACUCGCGAGGAGUUGCAAUUGCACAUACACAUACAUACACGCACACACACAAAUGGAUACAGAUACGAUAUAAUACGCUUGAAAUAAGCGUAUUGCACGCAUCUUAAUGAAUAGAGGACAGACGCUUUCCCCCAAGGUACAUUUAAUGGCGAUCAAGUUUAAUGUCAAUAUAAUACCGUAUAAUAUAAUUAAUAUUACUUUCUUUUUCCAUGAUUCUUCACAAAGUAUGCUACCAGGAAGAUAUAUUUCCGAAAACGCUAACGAAACCAAGACGGCAUUGGUAGCUCAAUUAUUGCUCUCAGCAAUUAUAUAUUGCUCGCAAUGAUUGCCGGAUAAAAAGUCCAUUAAAUCGUACCUCCGGAAGUAGCGACGAUCGAAAAUAUACAAGAGAAAUAUUUUUAAACUAGGAAAAUUAUCGGGAUCAUUCCCUCUCCCCCUCCCCCAUUUUCUCUUCUCGAAGCUUAACAAGAAGUAAUCUUAACUCGAGACACGAUGUUGAGAUUUAUCUCUAUAAACUACGAAGCAUGACACACUAAUCGCCUCGCGAGAAUCACCUCUCUCUCAGUCCGUUGCGUUAUAAUCACAUACGUUGAAUGCAGAAUUGACAAGCUUUUCAGAUUGGAUGGAGUCGACUUUCGACUGUACAAUUUGCUCGGAAAACUCUGCUGCGUAUAUUCCGGAUAUUGUAAACAUUUUAAAUACUCACGCGCGGUCUCUUUAAUCGUUAUCUCGAUAAAAAAUUCAGCGGACGUUUACAGAAAUAGCGUCUCUCGAUAUUUUAUCAUAUAUCACUUCUCUCGACAUAGCGGUGUACACGCACAUUUUAUUCAUUUAUUUCUACCUUAUUCGCGCUUCUAACAUAUACAUAUAUAUAUAAAAAUUGUGUAAUACGAGAACAGGGAAAAAUGAAUACGAAAUAUCUUUUUAAAUCUAUUUUUCUCUCCGAUUUAACGCGGCAGAGUCGCAAGCACUUGUACGUUCGUAAAGUAUAGCGAGACGCUAAUAUAUGGAUUCUAUUGGAUCAAACUCGAACGUUGCUCGAUAUAAUUUACAUAUCGCACGAGUAUCUUCCAACUGAAUUUUAUGGAAAAGAAAAACAUCUUGCGCUUGUCUGGAGGCCCACUGGCACCCGAUAAUAACGACGUGUGAUGUAUGUGUACAUUUGUAUAUACGAAUAUGUGCGCACGUGUGUGUUCCCAUGUACGUCAAUCUGCACGGCAUAAUAUUCUUCAAACGCAAAGGAAAAAAAAAAAA